AUGGCAGGUGUGAAUAGCUGUAUAAAAUAUUCUUUUUUUGUCUUCAACUUCUUUUUCUGGCUAUGUGGUAUCUUGAUCCUGGGAUUGGCAAUAUGGAUACGAGUAAACAAACCUGAGAAAGAGUUUUUCAGCGAUGACAGUGUGCUUUCUAAUGCUUCUGGAAAUACCUUGAUUGGUGUGGGUAGCAUCAUCGUAAUUAUGGGUUUCCUGGGAUGCUGUGGUGCCAUGAGGGAGAGCCGCUGCAUGCUUCUGACGUUUUUCAUAGGCUUGCUUUUGAUCCUGAUCCUACAGAUAAUGACAGGUAUUAUAGGAGUUACCCACAAAGAGCAGUAUGAGCAUUUCCUGAAUGAGACUCUCCAUAAAAAUGUACACCUUUUGGCUAAAACAGAUGAAAAAGCAAAGUUAUUCCAGAAAUCCCUGAUUAUAUUUCAGAAACAGUACAAAUGCUGUGGUUUGAUCGAUGGAGCUUCUGACUGGGGAGCUAAUUUUCAACAAAAUUCUGAGUCGUGUGAAUGUUUAGAUAAGACAAAUUCCUCAUGUGAAACAUAUGAAGGAAAACUAGUUUACAAACAGGCAUGUAUUGUUCAUUUAAAAGUACUUGUUAGAAAACAAAUCAUGAUAACUAUUGGAAUAGCAUUUGGAGCGGCAGCCUUUGAGGUAUUUGGUCUGAUAUUUUCUAUGGUCCUGUUCUGCCAGAUUGGGAACAAGUGUAUCUGA